AACAAAAAAAACUACACAUACAAGAACACUCCAACCUUUAAACCUGCAACUUCCCAUCAAACUGAAGCAAAUCUCUUACAAAAAAAGAACCAAUUUUUAAUAAUUAAAUAUGAAAAUUGUUCGAAAAGACCUUGUUCCUGAUGGCCCUGGUAGUGUCAAGAUAAUUCCAGAGGAAGCAGAUGAUAUGUGGGUUGCUUAUAAUUUGAUAGCUGAAGGUGAUACUGUUUUGGCUGUUACUGUCAGGAAGGUCCUAAGGGAAGCUGCUUCUGGAGGAAGAGAUGCUGAACGAGUGAAACUGAAAUUGGAAAUCAAAGUUGAGAAUAUUGAGUAUGACAAAGAAGGUUCUGCCUUGCGUAUUCGUGGGAAGAAUAUCCUGGAGAAUGAACAUGUAAAGAUAGGCGCUUUUCACACUCUGGAAAUUGAGCCACACAGACCUUUUGUGCUAAGAAAGGUGGUCUGGGACUCACUGGCACGAGAGGUUCUUCGUCAAGCUGCUGAUCCUUCUGUAAGUGCUGAUCUGGCUGUUGUUCUGAUGCAAGAAGGAUUGGCACACAUACUUCUUAUUGGUAAAAGCUUGACUAUUACUCGUUCUCGUAUAGAGACUUCUAUACCACGCAAGCAUGGACCAGCAAUUGCAGGUUAUGAUAAGGCGUUAAAUAAGUUCUUUGGCAAUGUUCUACAGGUAGUCUCUGCCAGCUUUCUUGAUGUUUGCUUAAUCUCUAUAAGCAAUAUGUUACAGACUGACAGGUUCUUAUUUCUGUUGCAGGCCUUUGUCAGGCAUGUUGAUUUCAAAGUAGUUCGCUGUGCUGUGAUUGCAAGUCCAGGAUUCACCAAGGAUCAAUUUCAUCGUCACCUGUUGUUAGAAGCCGAGAGGAAGCAGCUAAGACCUAUAAUAGAAAAUAAAUCACGCAUACUUCUUGUCCAUACAACCUCAGGAUACAAACAUAGUUUGAAAGAGGUUCUGGAUGCCCCAAACGUAAUGAAUAUGAUAAAAGAUACAAAAGCUGCCAAAGAGGUUCAAGCUCUAAAGGAAUUUUUCAACAUGCUUUCAAAUGAUCCUGAUCGUGCAUGCUAUGGACCAAAGCAUGUUGAAGUUGCUCACGAGCGAAUGGCUAUCCAGACACUUCUCAUUACCGACGAGCUCUUUAGGAGUUCUGAUGUAGAAACGAGGAAAAAGUAUGCUAAUCUGGUUGAUUCAGUCAAGGAUUCCGGUGGUACUGCACUCAUUUUCUCAUCAAUGCACGUUUCAGGAGAACAACUGACACAGCUAACCGGCAUUGCUGCAAUCCUUCGUUUUCCUUUGCCGGAGCUGGAAGACAUUGAGAUGUGAUGGAAGAAAUGCCCAUUCAUCGGUGCAGAAUGUUAUCUGCACUCUUUAAAAUCGACAUACACACACCAAAACAGACCAUUCACAAUUAAAUGAAGCUGAGUACAAAGAUGUUUGUAACGUUUUUUCAGGAGUGGAAGAGUAGCAUCAUCAACUGAUGUUGCGAUCGCUUGUUGUAUAUUCAAGUUUUGUCGUUAAAAUGUAAUAUAUUGUUAACUAUCGAGGUGUACUAUGUCAUUGUAACGGUAUAUUUCAUCGAAUAUGUUGUCUGUUAGAUGAAGUUUUCUGGUUGUUCACA